CGGAAAGUGCUAUAACGAGACGAGAAGUCAUACGUAUAAACAAUUACGAGUUUUCGUGGAUCGAUAAGCUCAAAUCUGCGAUAGACGCGGACUACGGGACGAAUUCAAGAAUAACACUCGUUGCUUAAGACGACUCUGAUUGCGGUAUAUUAGGGUUUGUAAAUUGUUUGCAAAGGGAGCCAGGCGGCGAAUCAGUUAGAUGCGUCUUCAUCCAAGAUAAGGACGCGCCCAAAUUCUCCUUGCAAGAGCCUUUCUACAUGAAUCAGUUACGACUGGACUUACCAAUUAAUGUCUUAAGUCCCGGUAAUAUUUGGGGCUCUUACAGACACUUAUCAUUACCGCCGCCGAAACUGAUACCUGUGCAAUGCGGUUAUGUCGCUCAGGGGAUUCGAGGUGAUCUGAGCACCAUCUGCUGCUGCUGGGUCGAAGGACAGAUAUCUCCUAAAUUCAAGCGUAAAAAUAUCAUACAUACAAUUUACGCGACACUGAAUUUCAAAGAUAUUAUGAUAGCAACUGGUAAACUUGCGUUGAAAUCCUUUCAAAUGAUUAGACGAGAUAUCGAUUCCUUCUUAGGCUUCGAGCUCGUUGGUUAUGAUGGUUCUGGACAGAGAGUAAUGGCAAUGUGCCCAAACAGAAGAAUAUCAAAUGUUAUAAUAAACGACCACGUUAUGUCCUGGGUUAUUCCCGAUGAAUGGACAUUCGAGGACGCUGCCACUGUUCCGUGUCUUUAUGCCACAAGCUGCUACGCUCUCUACGAGAAAGGGAAGAUAAAGAAAGGAGACAAAGUUCUCGUUCAUUUGGGCACCGGCGGCGUUGGUCAAGCUGCGAUCCACCUGGCGCUUUACGAAGGAUGCGAAGUGUUUACAACAGUCGGGACUUUGGAGAAACGACAAUUCGUUAGAGAAACCUUCCCUUCGAUCCUUGACGAUCAUAUCGGCAAUUCUCGCGACAUAAGUUUCGAACAAAUGAUCCUUGAGCAGACACACGGUCAAGGGGUAGAUAUUGUGUUAAAUUCCUUAGCUGAAGAAAAUCUUUAGGCGUCUGUUCGAUGUUUGGCGAAAGGCGGACGAUUCUUAGAAAUAGGAAAAUAUGACUUGUUUGCCGAUAAUACCCUAGACAUGAAGAUUUUUGCAAAAGGCAUCAGUUUCCAUGCGAUUAUGUUAGACAAUAUAGUAAAUUCCA